GUGACAGAGAGAGAGGUAGAGGGAGAGAGAGAAAGAGUAAGAGGUGUACAGACAGCCGGAGAGUGAAAGUAGGGCAGCGGAGGAAGAACAGAGAGAGAGACUACUUCUUGCUAUUCCACGAUUGCUGAGAGAGAUUUGACCAUGAAGCUCUUCUGCCUCUUGUUUCUGCUGGGUGUAUCUACAGUUCAGGCAGCUCAUCAGGAUACCUCCAGGGUCUACCCCACUGUACCCUCUCAACUCCAGCCCCAGACGCAGCCUCCAGCCGAGGCCAAGUCCCGCUUUGCCAUGCUGGACGAUGUCCGUCUCCUUGCCAACGGCUUGCUCCAACUGGGUCAGAGCCUCAGGGAGUUUGUCCACAAGACCAAGGCCCAGAUCAACGACAUCUUUCAAAAACUCAACAUCUUUGACCGCUCUUUCUACCAGCUCUCUGUGGUCACCUCUGAGAUAAAGGAGGAAGAGGAGGAGCUGAAGAAGACCACCACAUUCCUCAAGGCCAACAACGAGGAGAUCCGGAACCUGUCACUGGAGAUCAACUCCAAGAUCAACAGUAUCCUGCAAGAGAGGAGCCAGCUGCAGAGUAAAGUAGGAGGGCUGGAGGAGAAACUGAAGGGACUGUCGGAGAGCAUGAUGCCCGAAGAGCAGCUCUACGAGAUCAAGUCACUCAAGGAUGUGAUUGCGGCGCAGGAGAGGACCAUCACAGACCUGCUGAAAGCUGUGAGGGAGCAGCACGAUCAGCUCAACCACCAAAAAACUAAGAUCAGGACUCUGGAAGAAAAGAUCAGCAUUGACAAUUUCCAGGACACAACUGACAAAGUUGCGGAUUCCAACUCAGAGACGCCAGACAUGUUUGGAUACCUGACAGGCAACUCCACUGGUCCGGACACAGACCUAUCCAUGGACUGCAGUGAUCUGUUCAACAGAGGAGAGAGAAACAGCGGGGUGUACUCUAUCAAGCCAAACCAGUCUGAGCCUUUCAAUGUGUUCUGUGAACUGACCUCAGGAGGAGGAGCAACAGUCAUCCAGAGCAGGGAGGACGGAUCUGUGGAUUUUGACCAAGCAUGGGAGAAGUACGAGAACGGAUUUGGUGAUCUGCAAAAAGAGUUCUGGCUGGGCCUGAGGAAGAUCUACAGCCUUGCUGGUCAGGGUGAAUCUAUCCUGCGUAUUGAGCUGGAGGACUGGAAGGAAGAGAGGAGGUCUGUAGAGUACCAGUUCACCAUGGAGGGACCCCAGGCCCACUACACCCUCCACCUCACCCACCUGUCUGGUGAUCUGCCCGAUGCCAUGGGCAACCACAGUGGCAUGAGGUUCUCAACCAAGGACAGAGACAACGACAACCACCAGGACUCCAACUGCGCCAAAAACUACACAGGUGGCUGGUGGUUCAAUGCCUGUGGUGACACCAACCUGAACGGCAGGUACAUGUGGCUGAGGUCAAAGGGUCGUUCCAUGAGGAGGAAAGGAAUCCAGUGGAAACCUCUGGGGACCUCCUACUCCCUCAAGACCACCAAGAUCUCCAUACGGCCUGCCUCACCCGCCCCCCUCACCUCAAGUCCCCCUUAACCGCGUCCCCACCUACAUUACACCUCGUUGGUACGGCAACAACAAAUACACCCCCUCUCGCCGUAACCUUCCACUUACCCACCCUCGCAUUACACAUUGUUGGCAUGGUAGCAACAGAUAGAGCAGCUGUUGACAGUAGAAAAAAAAGUCUGCCACCAAUAACAGCCAGCCAACAAUUUUGUAUGACAGAGAAAAUAAGCUGCGUAGUCAGAAUGAUGCAAUAGCAGUCAGCCGGUCAAUGACCUCACAAAUUGUUCCAGAUACACAUAUAGAGUUGGGUAAUCAGUUUUAUAAGAGCCAAGUUUUGGUUUGGAUGGAAUGUCAGAUGAUUCAACACUGUCUGUCCUGGUCUGCAACACAUCCCAGCACUGAGAAUUUAGGCUACCUUCAAAUGGGUGAAUUUAAUUAUGUAACCGACAUAACUCUGCUUUAGAUAGGUUACUACUCAUUAUGUUAAAUGAAUGAACUGCAUGUGACAAAGACAUCAUCCUCAGGCAUGUCCUUAUCCCCUGAUUUAUCACUCUAUAUUGUAUUUCUGCACAUUCGGUGGCUGUUGCUGAAUGUACCAAAUAUUCACACAUAAAUAGACAAAAUAUCAAAUGAUGCAUAGAUCUUCAAAUGUAUAUGAGCUUAGUGUUUUCACCAUCUUUUUACUGUAUUUAAAACAAUUUUGAUAAUGUUCUAUUAAAUGUGCUGCCAGGGUAGUUAACGUCAGGUCAUUUAGAUUGGUCAUAUUGACUCUUGUCUCCUGCCAACUCUUAUCUUUCUGCUGCAUUUAAAACGGCUGCUACUUACUGUACAUAUGUUAUGUUUCUUACUAAUUAUUGCUGAGCGAUUAAAUUAAAUGUAGUUCUUUCCCCUCAUUAUUAAACUAAUUGACCGACGUUGGAUCAAUUACUUGAAUUCAAUUUCAUUUGGUUUUUGUCAGCUCAACACGCCGUUCCUCUAGAGAAAUAAAAACAAUAAAGAGAGAAAUCAGAUCGAGAACGAACUGGAAUGCUAAAGAAAGUUUUUCAAUAGAACACUACAUAACCUAGUUUAAGUGGUAAUGAACUACAAUGCCCAUAAUCCAUCGCGCCUGUACUGCCUUCCAUAUGUUGCUCUCGGCCAUAUGAGAGAGUUAUGUACACAAAACCGACAGUUUGAGAGGUAGCUCUACCCGAUUGACAGUUGUAUUAUUUGGUAAUUAGCAGUCUUGAAAAUAUUUUUUUCAUACAGCAUAGGCAGCUAGCUACAAGCUUAGCUAAACAGCAUAACUCAUUGGAGGGAACUUCAGAUGGAUGUCUGACUGGCAGCUACUGCCUGAGUGGAGCUUAGAUGAGAUGACUAACAAAUUAAAUAGAAUAAAAAGUAAUAAGACAAUGGAAUGUUUCCAAUAUUUUGCCAUUUGGAUGUUCUCAAUAUUUGGCUUUGGAAUAUUUAUUAAAAAGCUCUAAAACCAUUUUAAGGCACACAUUUAAUGUUUAUUUUUUAAACCAAAAUUGAGGAAAAAAAUAAAUAAAAAAUAAACACUAAUCGCUCAGCACUAUUACUUAUCAGAGUGGCUCUGGUAAACUACUGUAUAUUUAUAAUAACAAAUAAAACCAUCAUACCCAAAACAAAUAUACUGCUGUCCUUUG